ACCUCAGCGAAGUCCCAUACCGCCUUCAAGAGCUUCAGAGGCCUUGGAAAGCUUUGUCACGGAGCUUUGGUGGUCCAUAGAGUCGUUUGAGCCGCCCACAGUAACCCACGUCUCAGCGGCAGUUUGGACGUAAGUAACAAAGGAGUGUGCGUCGAGACGUCUCCGUCGAUACACGACCGUUCCCACUAUCUGCUAUAUAAACGCGUUCAGGGACAUUUCUGAGGUGUAAACCCAAUAGCAACGCCUGUUCAACGCGUAUUCAAGAUGGACAUUGAUGUGGAAGAUGCCCAGGAGUAUCAGAAGCACCCAGUAGGGACUGUCAUUGAUAUCUCCACUGCAUUCAAGGAGACCGCGACAAUUAACCCCGACGCGGUGAUGUUCGGGUCUCCAUAUGUGGAGCAGCCGCUUUCAGCUGUAAUCCCAGCUGUGCUAUCUACCACAAGCUUGGCGCACAUGAAGCAGUCGAUGCUGAUAGAGGAGGAUGUCGAGGAUGAGCUGCUAGCCCCCGAGCACAACCCUCUGCCAGUCUCGAGUUUGAGAACCGGAAUGUGCUAUGAUGUCCGGAUGCAGUAUCAUGACGAUAUUCAUGAUAGCACUGCUUCGGAUCGGCAUCCGGAGGAUCCACUGCGUAUAUACCGAAUAUACAAGGAGCUGUGUAAUGCCGGGUUUGUGGAAGAGUAUGAAGGAUCGAAGUCAAGGACGAAAGAGGAGUUAAUGAAGCGUAUCCGGGCACGAGAAGCUACCAGAGAAGAGAUUCUCUUGUGUCAUUCCUCGGAGCACUGGGACAGGAUCCAGAGGACAGCGACCAUGAGCAAACAAGAGCUGCGAGACCUGACGCACGAGACGGAUUCAGUGUACUUUAACAGAGAAUCAGCCUUCUGCGCACGACUAUCCUGCGGAGGUGCGAUUGAGACCGCUGCAGCAGUUGUGGAGGGCAAAGUGAAGAACGCCAUUGCCAUCGUACGACCACCGGGUCACCAUGCUGAACCUGAUGAGGCACGUGGGUUCUCCCUAUUCAACAAUGCUGCUAUCACGGCGCGGGUGAUGCAGAAGAGGUAUCCGGGCUCUCAACGGAUAUUGAUCUUGGACUGGGACGUUCAUCAUGGCAAUGGCACCCAACGUAUCUUCUACGAAGACCCCAGCGUGCUCUACAUCUCUCUGCACAGAUACGAAGACGGCAACUUUUACCCCGACCUAGCAAAAGACAAAAACGGAUUUGCCAACCACAAAUCAUGUGGUGCAGGCAGUGGUCUCGGAAAAAACGUCAACAUUCCUUGGCCAUGUGCAGGUAUGGGCGACGGAGAGUACAUCUACGCAUUCCAAAAGGCAGUUAUGCCAAUCGCGUACGAAUUCGCUCCCGAUCUUGUGAUUGUGUCGGCUGGGUUCGAUGCUGCCGCUGGUGAUCAACUGGGAGAGUGUUUCGUGACGCCUGCGGCGUAUGGGCAUAUGACGCAUAUGCUGAUGAGUCUGGCGAACGGGAAAGUUGUCCUUCUGCUGGAGGGAGGGUAUAAUUUGGAUUCUAUCUCUCGAUCGGCAUUGGCGUGCACGAAGGUGCUGAUGGGUGAGCCUCCGGAUGAGCUGCAUAGUAUCUAUGCGAAUGAAGCCGCGGUGGAUACAGUUCAUAAAGUGGUUCAGGAGCAGUCUAAGUACUGGAAGUGUAUGAACCCGACGCUGCUAGAGUCAGACGGCGAUGAUCCGACAGUUGCGCGAUUACACGACGUUAUCCGCAGCUACCAGACUAAGCAGUUGUUCGAGAAGUGGGGUAUGGUCAAACUGCCCAUCUACAGCAACAAAGUAUCACCGACAUAUCGAGAGCAAGCAGUAUGCACACCCAAUAUGUGGACGGCGGAAACACUCAUCUUCAUGAUCCACAGCGCUCCGGAUGUUUGGUUAAGCGCUGGUGCACUCUCGAGCGCCGCCGAACUUCAUCAGUCUUACCUUCUGGAUUCAGGGAGUAUGUAUAUCGACUGGGCUGUAUCAAAUGGACAUGCGUUUGUUGAUGUGAACGUACCGGCGAUGAUCUCAGGUCCAGAGAACGAGGGUUACAACAUACGACAAGCGACGAAGGACCUUUGUCUGUACUUAUGGGACAACUACCUAGAACUCGCCGACGCGAAAGAUAUUAUCUUCAUUGGUGUUGGUGAGGGAUACCCUGGUAUCGUUCAUCUCCUCCAGAAUCGGUCGUGUAUGUCACGAGUCAAGGGCAUGAUCAACUUUGUUCCGAUGAACAUGCCGUUGAAGGCUUGGGUGCACGAUUUGGAUAAGGAUUGGUAUUACCUAAAAUCUAUUGUGUACACUGCCGUGGAUCAUCCGGCGUGGAAGACGGGGAAGAAGAUCAGGAGAAUGUACGGAAGAGCUACGAAAGGAGUGUCGAACGAGAUGAACAAGUUGCUAUCAGAGAACUACGCACAAGCAACGGCCUUCAUCGGAGCCAUUCUCAACAAGGCAGCCGCGGCGCGGCGGGGGCAAGCAACCAUUGAUACCAGUAUGUCGGCGGAAUCUAUGGCGGAGUAAUCGAUCUUUGGAAGGAGUAUGUAGGACGUUUAGAUGAUGAAGCAUUUAUAGCGCUGUGCGCGGACAGGAUAGCAUCGACAUCGUUCAAGACCCCGAGACAUUUGCCGUCGUGUUCCGAGGUACACUGUAGAUGCAUCGCGAGACGAACCGAUCUGAUCAUAAUAAGCGAACGUGUACCGACGCAUUCAAGGAUCGAACACAUCUCCUUUCGUUUCGAUCUCACCUUAGCCAUCCAUCUCGGCGAAGUCAUACAGGCCGCGGUAUGCAAGAGCUCAUCUCACGACCACGGCAACGCGGAUGAGGCAGAACAGAACGCUACCCAG